GUCAUUUUUAACCCUCCCUCUGUUCCUGUCUCGUUUCCAUCGCCAUUUCUUAAAACAUUUCGAUGAAGCCAAUCGUUGAUGCCCUAAACUAGAGGACAACUAUCCUUAAAAAUUGCACACGCACUACACACACUGUUACUACUACUAAACACCACUCACUGUCCUAUUGUCACAUGGCAGCUACAACUACUCGUCUCAAGUUCCAAACCCAGCCUAUUAAGUCUAAACGCCGCCGCUGCCGUGAAACUACAAUUACGGCCUCCUCCGCCGCCGCCACCGCCAACCCUUCAGUUUCGUCUGCCACCUCGUGUCAGCAAAGCCGUAGAUUUGAAACGCCGAUUAUAGUUUCCCCGGAAAAUUCUUGGUGCUGCCCUGCUUCUAAACCACCACCUCCGCCGCCGUCACCUCCGGCUGAGGGUAUUGUUGCAUCAUCGUCAUCAUCACUGUCUCGCUCUUCCUCAGAUCUGAAGAUCUGUAACUCGCUUGCUACUAUGGACUCCUACUCCACUUCAACUGCCAUCUACGGUUGCGGUGCCGCCAGCGGAGGCGUCGCAUCUCAGGAUAAUUUUCCGUCGUCCUUAAGUAAAUUUAACUCCGCGCUCACGGCGGGUCUUCUUAACCCAAUGUCUCCUCCUCCUUUAGUGGAUAAAACUCGUUCAAGCCCAACCCUAUUUGAAAUGAUGGCCAAUGAGCCUGAUUGCCUCCCCAGAGCCACAAACCUAAUUCAAAACGCCAUCGUUUCGGCUCAAAAUCAUCAGACGUCAAAGGUUUCUAUAAACCCACCUCCUCAAGACAGACAGGCCUUAAUGCACCAGCGUCUGAUGGAUCUUUUGGCAUUGAGAAGCCCUGGAAAUCAGUUUAACGAUGCAGGGUCAGGGGAUGUGAAGCUGACUUUGAGUUCAAAGGAUGGUCUGAGCAUUUCCAUGAGCGUUCAUAGGCAGAUUCUUGUAGCUCACAGUAGAUUUUUUGCUCUGAAAUUGAAUGAGAAAUGGAUUAAGCAGCAGAGGAGCUCUGGGCCGUACGACGUUGAGAUUGCUGAUUGCGAUGAUAUCGAGGUUUACAUUGAGACUCUGAGGUUGAUGUAUUGUAAGGACUUGAGGAAGAAACUCAUGAAAGAGAAUGUUCCUCGAGUCCUCGGAAUUCUAAAGGUGUCUGCAGCAAUUGGGUUCGAUGCGGGUGUGCUGUCUUGUUUGGAGUACUUGGAGGCUGCUCCAUGGGCCGAAGAUGAGGAAGAGAAGGUAGCUUCACUGUUAUCAGAGCUUCGGCUUGAAGGGAUUGGAGCCGGGGAAGUUUUGAAGAGGGUUUCUCUUGAUGUCACAUCAGGAGUUGACGAUAGGAGUGACAAUGAAGAAGUGCUGAUCAAGCUAUUGCAGGUCGUUCUCGAAGGAAAAGAUGAGAAGGCGAGGAGAGAGAUGAAAGUUCUGGUAACCAAAAUGUUACGUGAGAACUCAUCACAUAAUGAUUUAAGGAAGGAGUCCCUGUACGCAGCUUGCAAUGGAUGUUUGCAACUCCUCCGUCUUCAUUUUCUACAGGCAGCAGAAUCUGACAUGAAGAAUGUGGGUCAGAUAGCACGGCAGGCAGAUAAUUUGCAGUGGCUAUUGGAUAUUAUGAUUGAUAGACAGAUUGGUGAGGAUUUUUUAACGAUAUGGGCAUCUCAGUCUGAAUUGUCUAAAGCACAUUCUAAAGUGCCCACAAUCCAUAGGUACGAGGUUAGUGGAGUUACAGCUAGGCUGUUUGUUGGCAUUGGGAAGGGACAACUAUUGGCGUCCAAAGAUGCCAGGUGCGCCCUUUUGCAGAUGUGGUUGGUACCUUUUUAUGAAGAUUUUGGGUGGAUGAGGAGGGCAUCGAAAGGUCUUGACAAGCAUUUAAUUGAGGAUGGUCUUAGCAACACUAUACUGACUUUGCCCCUGGCCUGGCAGCAGGAAAUUUUAAUGUCAUGGUUUGAUCGAUUUCUUAAUUCAGGCGAUGAUUGUCCUAAUAUCCAGAGAGGCUUUGAAGUCUGGUGGAGAAGGGCAUUCUGGAGGCGUAACGUUGAGCCUGAGAAGCCUCGUCAAUUACGGGUCAUGACUGCUACAAUAGAGAACUCCUGAGUUUGACAUGCCGUAAUUUCAGGUUCACAGUCUCGAUUGGUCCAGUUGGAUAGUAUGAAUUUAUUUUAUAUUCUUCAUUUCUAAACUGAAUACUGGAGUUCAUUUUGGCUGUGGAGUUCUGUAGACAUCAUCUGAUUUGCGAAGUUUAAUUCGAUAGAUGACAUAAAAAACAUAGAUUUGCGAAAAUUUCCCGGAUGGUGGAUUGCUUGGCUCCACCCUUCUGCAGCACUGGAUUCAGACUGGAUUCAGACAUCAUUUUUUUUUUGUUCUAUAGGUAUUCCUGUCACAUAUUCUUCGAGUCUCGAGCACACCAGCAAUUAAUUUGCAGGACUAUUCUUCGGGAGAAAAUUUACUUUAUGCCUGAGUCUGUAUCUCAAGGAUGCCAUCUUUUAAAAUGAACGAAGAUAGUAAUUUUUUUUC